AGAAAGCCGCUUGGCUCCCUGCAGCGGUAAGUUAGCUAGUUACUUUGUUAACUAGCUAGUAGUUAAUUAGUGUUUCCUGCUGAUCGCUCUCAGAGGCUGAAGCUGCUGUUGUUUUUCAGGCCACCGUACCUUCAUGGCUGUGUACGUCCUCUCAGAUGGGGCGGGUCAAAGCUCCCAGGUGCCUUCUCACCUGUCCAGGAUUCCCAUCGCUCUGCUCAGCCCGAACACUGACUACACCAACAAAACAGUCCAGGGUAAAGUGAUUCACAAAGGACCAUUGGUGAAGAUGUCGAAGGACGAGUUCGUCAUGAAGGCUGUCAUUCAGGAGGAAGAAGAAUCCACGCAGAGUGUCCGCCCCCAGCCUUCCAUCAACCUGGUUAUCCUGGGAGCUCUAGCUGAGAACUUCAAUCUAAGGGUCAAUCUAGGGGAUGUGGUUUUGGCCUCUGGGUUCACGGUUGGUAAAUCUCCCACUGCUAAUAAGGACAAGCUUCACGCCUGUAACCUGCUGCUGUCAGGAGAUGAUGCAUCCAUCUAUGUCUCCAAGCAGAAGCCUGCUGAGCCCAAAUCACCACUGGCCAGGAAGAGGAGCUCCUUGAUUCCUGCAGAGGGUUCCAGGGCAGCCAAGGGUCCAAAGUACAGCUAUGUGCAUCUGGAUCAGCUGAAGGAUAAAUCUGUGGUGAACGUCUAUGGAGUGGUGACGUUCUUCAAGCAGCCGUUCAAGACCCGGGGUACAGAUUACUGCUCCACCCUGAAGAUAACUGACCAGUCCAACCAGAAGGUCGGGUGCACUAUCUUCUGUGGGAAUCUGGAGGACCACCCCAAGAUUUUUGAGAUUGGAGACAUUGUCCGCAUGCAUCGAGUCAAGGUGGGUCUAUACAACAACUCCCCCACUCUGGUCAAUACCUCUGGUUUCUCUGUGCUGACAUUUAGUGGCACAGUGGGCGCCGCCGUUGAACCGCGGACCCGCAGUAAAACCUUCCACUUCGACGAGGACGACCGGCGCACCGUGGAGGAGCUGAGAUCCUGGGCUGCGAGCCACAGCCAACUCCCACCCAGCUCUACCGCUGUCACUCUGGCAGCCGUUCAGCCCAACACCUACUUUGACCUGACCUGCCAGCUGCUGGCCAAAGCCCCCAUUGAGUCCUCCUGCACUCUGCUGAGGGUGUGGGAUGGAACCAGAUGUCCUCAGACUCUCCUAAAGGUGAUCGUUGAGCCAAACGUCACAGAAGGUCCGGCUUCGUUCUCCAAGAAGAAAGAGGGCGUCAUCGCAAAUGUCCUAGUGUACGAUAACCACGUGGAGACGUCAAGACAGCUGCAGCCUGGUGCUUUUCUGAGGAUCUAUAACCUGCGAGCCAUCCCUGGAUCCAGCAAAGAGCCGGGCCUCACCAACAGCCAGCCAGUGGAGGUGGAUCACCUCGCUUUUCAUCUUCAUGGGGGAACGUCGUACGGCAGAGGCAUCAGGAUUCUGCCGGAGGACAGUCCAGAUGUGCAGGAGCUCAAGAGAGUCAUGGAGGCGUUUUCAGAGGAGGAGGAGGAGCCGAGUGACUCAGAACUGCUGGAGGUCUUCUCCACUCCUCCAGAAUAUUUGGACGGUGAUGCAGUGGACCAUCAAACUGAGCGAACCUGCAGACAUCAGGUCCAACAGGAACCGCUGUCCCAGGUGAAGCAGAAUGAUCAGAGCCAGGUUCACCACGUCAGAGUCCAGCUCAGCUCCUACCAGCCCCACAGACUCUUCCAGGCUCUCAAGCUCUUCUGCAGCAGAUGUUCAUCCAUGUAGGUCAAACUCUGAGGCUGAGGCUCUGCUGGAU